GGCCUGGGCGCUGGAGCUGCAGUGGCUUCUCCAGUGGCGGGUGCAAUGGAGGCCGUGCCAGAGCCCAGCACUCUCUCCGGAGAGGCCGAGACAGCCGGCUGUGCUCGUAGAUGAGGCGGCGGCAGCAGCGGCAGCAGCCCUGGCUCUUCAUGAGCAAGCGGCGGCGGCGACGGGUGCGGCGGCACCGGCAGUUUUCGGUCCCGGAGGAGGAUGAAGACACUGUUUGAAGAGAUCAAAGCAUCAAUUAAAAAUAACUAUAACCAAGAUCGCUCAUUUUGGAGGCCUGUUCUUCCUUGGGGAGGAGUUUUUACUAUCAAAGCUGGCCGCAAAGCAGUAUCUUGUACACCACUCUAUGUUGAAAUAAGACUGAAAAAUACCUGCACCAUAGAUGGAUUCUUGAUGUUAUUAUAUGUCAUUCUUAAUGAAAAUGAAAAUUUUCCCAGGGAACUCUCUCUGCAUUUAGGUAAAGAGUUUGUCGACUGUUUUCUUUACUUAAUGGACACCUACAGUUUUACAACUGUGAAGCUUUUGUGGAUUUGGGAUAAGAUGGAAAAACAGCAAUACAAAUCUGAAGUUCAUAAAGCUUCAUUAGUAAUUGAUUUAUUUGGGAAUGAGCAUGAUAAUUUUACAAGAAAGCUUGAAAAUCUCAUGUCAACUAUUCAAGAGAGUUACUGUUCCAACUGGCGAUGCCCAACUCGAGUCCAAGAAGAUCAGCAGCGCAUAAUUAUUAUAAAUCCUCCUCAAGAAAUUCCACAUGGAAAUUUAAUACGAUUGGCUGUGGACGAGUUAUUCUGUUCCAAGAUUGAACUUUGUGAAGAGAGUGGGUGUGGUGGAUUAAGAGAAUUUUCCCAACGAAUUUUCUGCCAUGGGGCACCCCCUUUUGUUGUCUUAAAUAUGCAGCAUUGGAAAUCUGAAGAUCUGGCAUAUGUACCCUAUUACUUGGACUUAUCUGAUCACAAGUAUUUAUUGGAAGGUGCCACAUUAUUUAACAAAGAGGAACAUCAUUAUUCUGCAGCUUUCCAGAUUGAUGGACAUUGGAUGCACUAUGAUGGCCUCAGAAAUGUGAAUUUAAUUUUGUUAAAUAAACCCCCAGAGUUUCUCCUCUUGUCAUCAUUGGUUUAUAUUAGAGCAACAGAAAAAUAAAAUAGACUGAUACUAAAAGACAUCGUUUCCCUCCUGCCCAUGCUCCCCAAAUUAAGGGCUGCUUUUUUGUGUAUGCUUGGUAUCCAAGAACAGAGUUCAACUAUACUAGUUUCAGAGGUGUAUUAUCCAGUGUUUUAACCCCCCGGCAAAUGUUUUUUACAGAAAAUCUAUGCAAAAUGUAUAUGUUUUUUUCUAUUUCCUGGGUUCUUUUUAUACAAGCAUAUUUUAAGCUUAAAUAAAAUAUAUCUU